AUGGGGCUGGUGAACCACACUGGGGUAACUCAUUUCAUCCUCCUAGGAAUUCCCAACACCGACGGCCUCCAGACCAUCCUCUUCUUCACCUUCUUAGCCUUCUACCUCUGCACCCUGCUGGGCAACCUGCUCAUCUUCUCAGCCAUCCUCGUUGACCCCCGCCUGCACACCCCCAUGUACUUCUUCCUCGGCAACCUCGCUGUGCUGGACAUUGGCAUCUCUUCUAUCAGCAUCCCCAAAUUGCUGGCCAAGGCCAAGAACAGAACCAUCUCUCUGGGCGGGUGCAUGUCUCAGGUCUUCUUCUUCCACUUGUUGGGCAGCACCGAGUGCCUGCUCUACACCGUCAUGGCCUACGACCGGUACGUGGCCAUCUGCCACCCACUGCGCUACCUGCUCAUCAUGAACCGCCGGGUGUGUGCCCUCCUGGCUGCUGGCAGCUGGAUCGCAAGCUUCUUCCACGCUGCCAUCCUUGCCACCCUGACCUUCACACUGCCCUACUGCGGGUCCAACGUGGUGGACUAUUUCUUCUGCGACAUCUUCCCUGUGGCCAAGCUGGCCUGUGCAGACACGUACGUCAUCGAGACUGUGACGUUCACCAACACGAGCGUGGUGCCCUUGAGCUGCUUCCUCCUCAUCCUUGCGUCCUACGUCCGCAUCUUCUACUCGGUUGUGAAGAUGAACUCGGCCGAAGGGCGGCGCAAAGCGGCCUCCACUUGUACCUCCCAUCUGACUGUGGUGACGCUGUUCUUUGGGCCCUGCGCCCUGGUCUACACCCAGCCCCAGCUGAAUAAUGUGCUGGUGACCCCUGUGCAGAUCUUUGGCAAUGUAGUGACACCGAUGCUGAACCCGGCCAUCUACACGCUGCGCAACAAGGAGGUGAAGGCGGCGCUGAGAAAACUGAGAGGGGUCAGGUGA